AUGGAGUCAUUAUCAGAGCAUCCGUGGGAUGUAAUCAUUGCAGGUACUGGGCUGGACCAAUCUCUUCUAGCAUUAGCCCUAUCGCGGUCGGGAAAGAAGGUACUUCACUUGGAUCAGAACUCAUACUAUGGAGGGUCAGAGGCCGCUUUCAGUCUGGACGAGGCUUCGGAGUGGAUGAACUGUGUCAAUCAACGUCGGACUCCAUUUGAGGAUGCCAAGAUCUCCAACCACCAAGCCUCACCCCAGUCUGCCUCCUCCCAGGUUGACUCUGCGGCCAGCGAGCUUCCUCAGGGCACGCCAGACAACCGUCCGAAGCUGGCUGCUAGUCGCGCCUACACCCUUUCUCUUUCCCCAUACUUCCUCUACACCCGCUCAGAACUAAUUUCCAUCCUCAUCUCCUCGAAGGUCUACCGCCAGCUGGAGUUCAUGGCUGUUGGCAGCUGGUGGAUUUACUCCCCGGAACCCCCCAAUGCUGAAAGUCAUGAGCUUGGAGCUACGCGACUGUUCCAUCGCGUGCCCGGCAAUCGCGAAGAUGUCUUCGCUGAUAGCAAUAUCAGCAUGAAGUCUAAGAGGACGCUGAUGCGUUUCUUGCGACAAAUUAGCAAACCUCAAGACGAGGAAGAGCAGGACGAGACGGAGGAAAAGGAGGACCUGUCAAUGCCCUUUGCGGACUACUUGUCCUCCAAUUUCAGUGUUCCACGGGACCUCCAAGAUCCUCUGCUCUCGCUCUCUCUGUCACAGCUGGCCCAGCAGGACACUUCUGCCAGCUAUGCAGUACCUCGGAUCAAGAGGCAUCUAGCUUCCAUCGGUGCUCUGGGACCUGGCUUCGGAGGUGUCGUCUCGAAGUACGGUGGGGGCUCUGAGAUCCUCCAAGUCGGAUGCAGAGCUUCUGCCGUCGGGGGAGCUGUGUACGCUCUGGAUACAGGCAUUCAAUCAAUUACAGAUGGCGGACUCUCAUCAGAGUCAGAACAUCCUGUCGAGGUGCAUCUCUCCAAUGGAGAGACCAUUCGAUCUCGGACCCUGAUUGGUUCUGCCUGGGAUCUUCCUAGUAUAGAUCAGCCAUCCUGCACAAAGGUUUCAAGGUCGAUUACAAUCGCUUCUUCAGCCUUCACAUCCCUUUUCCCCGUCACAACAGAAGGUGCACCCGUGCCCGCCAGCGCGGUCCUUAUGUUCCCUGGCGAUACGUUGGGCAGCCCUCAAUCCCCGCCGGUGUACCUCCAGGUCCACUCGAGUGACACCGGCGAUUGCCCACGACAACAGAGUAUUAUUUACGGCAGCGUUGCUGUCUCCGGUCCGCAAGGCCAUGCUCUGCUCGAGCGUGCUGUGGACCGACUCCUUCAGGCAGAAGGCACUCAGGCCAUUGCUCUUUGGUCCAUGCGAUACACCCAGCUGGGCCGUCUUAGUAACGGUGGGACACCACCCUCCAUCCAGACUCAUUCACCCCAUGUCUACAGCUUCCCGCCGCCGAGUCUUGACCUAGCGUUUGAGGAUGAGACUGUUGAUAUGAUUAAGCAGGCGUGGAUCAAGAUCGUAGGAGAUGAGGUGGCUCACGAUGAGUUUAUGAUCUUCGAGGAUCGUGAAGGCACCUCUGAUGAUUGA